UCUGCACCUUUAAUGCGUCGUGAUCUCUCUCCUCCAAUCCCGACAAAGUACACCAUCGUCUCCUGUCUUGGUGUUCUCCCUCUUUCUCUCUCUCCUCUCCUAUCAUAUGCUCCUCUCUUCUCCUACUCCGGCCAUCGUCCUCCCUGCAACGCACUAGAUUGGUCGACAAACCCAACCAAAAACUCCAUAAAAUAGUGCCUGAUCUCCACAAGCACCUCUCUCUCUCUCUCUCUCUCUGUGAAAAAAAUUGCCGCUAAACCACAGAGUUUCCCCUAGCACAUAGCUGAUCUCACUUUGUCUCUCGCUCUAACGCCGUCGCCGCCGGCACUGCCGUGCCUCCACCACCCCAUAUCAUCACACCAAAUCAGCUCAGCAAUUCAGCAUCCCCACAAGAACAGUUCGCAGGUCUCCAAAUCCAUCACUACCCAUCCUCCUCCUCCUCGAACAAAAAACGUCAUCUUGUGUACAUAUACCAUGUCCUAAUCGGCCAUGGAUGUCACCGGAGACGCCGGCGGAGGUCGCCGCCCCAACUUCCCCUUGCAGCUGCUGGAGAAGAAGGAGGAACAACCUUGCUCCACGUCCCCGGCUUCUGGGGCGGGCGCUGGGGCUAAUGGGUCGGCGGCGCCGGGAGAGUUGCAGGUGAGGAAGGUGGCGCCGCCGAAGCGCACGUCGACCAAGGACCGGCACACGAAGGUGGACGGGCGCGGGCGGCGCAUCCGGAUGCCGGCGAUUUGCGCGGCGCGGGUGUUCCAGCUGACAAGGGAGCUGGGGCACAAGACGGACGGCGAGACCAUCGAGUGGCUGCUGCAACAGGCGGAGCCCGCGGUGAUCGCGGCCACGGGCACCGGCACCAUCCCGGCCAACUUUACCUCGCUCAACAUCUCCCUCCGCUCCUCGGGCUCGUCCUUCUCGAUCCCGGCACACCUCCGCGCCGCCGGCCUAUCCGGCCCACGUUUCGGCGGCUUCGGGUUUGGCGGUGCCGAGGGCCCGGUAUCCGCUACCUCCUCCUCCUCGUCCCCGCUGCUGCUGAGCUUCCACUCCGGCAGCGUCGGUCUUGACGGGUCACCUUCGUCGUCGUCUGCCGCCGCCAACAUGGACCUGUCCAGAAAGCGGCGGUGGGAGCAAGAAAUGCAGCAGCAGCAGCAGUACCAGCAGCAGCAAUACCAGCAGCAGAUGGCCGGGUACACUCAGAGCCAAAUACCGGGCACCGUGUGGAUGGUGCCGAGCAGCAACGCGCAGGCCGCAGCAGCAGCCGGCGGAGGCGGUGGCAGCGAGUCGAUCUGGACGUUUCCGCAAGCAGGGAGCGGCGGCGGCGCGGCGACCGUGUACCGCGGCGUGCCGAGCGGGCUACAUUUCAUGAACUUCCCGGCGCCGAUGCCCGGUGGGCAGCAGCUGGGGCUCGGCACGGUGGGCGGAAACAACGACAAUGGCGGCGGCAGCGUUGGAGGCGAUGGCCACAUGGGGAUUCUCGCCGCGCUCAAUGCGUACCGGGCUGCACAGGCAGCGCAGGGCGCCGGCCCGGAGCAGAACGGAGCGGAAGGGUCCACUCAACAUCAGCAUCAGCAGCACGGCGGCAGCGAGCGGCAAGAGAGCAUGAGCGGCAGCGACUCGUAGGGCUUCGCAGUUCCACCUCAAAUUCUUGCAAGGAUUA